AUGGGAAGAGGACCUUGUUGUGAUAAAGAUGGAGUAAAGAAAGGACCUUGGACUCCUGAAGAAGACCAACUUUUGGUUCAGUACAUUCAAAAACAUGGUUUUGGCUGUUGGCGUAGCCUCCCUAAGAAAGCAGGCCUCUUUAGAUGUGGGAAGAGCUGUCGGCUUCGAUGGACAAACUAUCUUCGGCCUGACAUUAAACGCGGUCCCUUCUCUCCUGCAGAAAAGGCUACUAUUAUUCAUCUUCAUGGCAUGUUAGGUAACAGGUGGGCAUACAUAGCAUCUCAGUUGCCAGGAAGAACAGACAAUGAGAUAAAAAACUUCUGGAACAGCCACCUGAAGAAGCGUCUAGCUUCCAUUAGUCCGAAGUUGCAGAUCAACCAGUCCUCAUCCUCUUCUGAACCUAUCAAUAUCAAGGGUGAAUCUCCUUCGACGAGUCACAUGGUACAGUGGGAGGGUGCUAGAGUUGAGGCUGAGGCUCGUUUGUCGAUGCAGUCAUUGCUCUUUAAACACACAUCAAGAGUUAAGGGCAAUCCUGACAUCUUUGUCCAGUUAUGGAACUCUGAAGUUGGAGAAGCAUUUCGCAAUAUUAAAGGAAAAGAUGGAGAAACAAGUGAAAGUCUUGUAUCUGACACACCUCCAUCUGUAAAAAUCGAACCUGUUUCACUUGACGACACAAUUCCAGCAAUGCCUAACAAAACAACUAAUUCCAUUGACCCUGCUCAGGAACAAGAAGAUACUUAUAAACCAAGUUUAGAUGUUAUGGCUGUUUCAGAUUCCAUUGGUUCCAAUGAAUUUGCAGAUUCUUCGGAUACAGCAUUGAAACUAUUGUUAGAUUUCCCAGGAGGCAAUUGUAUGGACUUCAUACGAGAAGAAGAAUCAGAAAGUUUUUCCAACUUCCUUGGUUUUAGGUGCGACUGA